CCCACUAUCACCAUCUGUCCAUUUUCUCUCUCCCCUUCUCUGCGUUUCCUUCUCUCGACCUGCGGCUCGGUGCUGCCUGACGUCAGUGUGAUCAGAGAGAAGGAGGGGGAGAGAGAGAGAGAGAGAGAGAGACAGAGAGAGGUCAGCAGAGAAACGGAGAAAUAUCACAGUAACCAGGACAGCAGGUGCUAACCCGUGCGUUAUCCCCGGCAGCAUCAGCAGUACCCUUCACCCACCUGCCUGGCUGUGUUUCAGAUCACCCUUCACUGACCCCACCUCAUCUCUUGCCGUCUCCCUGGUACAGAAUGAUCUAUGUGAGUAUCCCUUCCCCUCCCUUGAGCCUUUCAUCAUCUUUUCGACGAAGCGGAGCUGGGUUCCGCCGGAAUUUUCUUUCGUGUUGACAGAUUUGACUCUCUGCUUUGGAUGCGAAGAUCUGCAAUUUGCGUCUUUCAGAAAUGAGAACGUCUCUGCAGCUUCAGAGGGUAGAAUGAGAAACAGAUAAACCAAGCCCACAGCUCCAGCCCAUACUUUUAAGACAGAAUAUCUCGGACACAGGAAGGGGAAUAAUGGUGAGCAGGUUACCUGGCUGUAGCUCACUGGCUCGAUUCUGCCAGAAACUGAACAGGGUCAAGACCCUGGAGGCAGAUAUGAUGGAGACCGCCCUGAACAGGUGCCUGUCUACACUGGACCUGACAUUGCUUGGCUUCGGCAGUAUGGUUGGCUCCGGCCUUUAUGUCCUGACGGGCACCGUUGCCAAAGAUGUGGCGGGCCCUGCCAUCAUCCUCUCCUACAUUUUUGCGGGCUUUGCAUCUCUGCUGGCUGCUUUGUGCUACGCUGAGUUUGGCUCCCGCGUGCCAAAGACAGGCUCCGCUUAUAUGUUCACCUAUGUCUCGGUGGGCGAGAUCUGGGCCUUCCUGAUCGGCUGGAACGUCAUCCUGGAGUACAUGAUCGGCGGGGCUGCUGUGGCCAGAGCUUGGAGUGGCUACCUGGACUCUAUCUUCAACCACAAGAUUCAGAAUUUCACCGAAACGUACAUUGGCAGGUGGAAUGUGCCGCUCCUUGCCCCCAGCCCCGAUAUGCUAGCGGCUGUCAUAUUACUUGUCGCCACAGCAUUCAUCACCUGUGGGGCCAAAGUGGCCUCCUGGAUGAACCACCUGUUUGCAGUGGUUAGUAUGGGAGUGAUCCUCUUUAUUCUGAUAUUCGGGUUCGUCUUGGCUGAUCCAAGGAACUUCAGUGCCACGGAGGGUGGCUUCUCCCCCUUUGGAUUCUCAGGGAUCAUGGCUGGCUCAGCAACUUGCUUCUUCGCAUUCGUUGGGUUCGAUGUCAUCGCUGCGUCCAGCGAAGAAGCUCGGAACCCUCAGAAGGCUGUCCCUAUCGCGACGGCUCUUUCCUUGGGCCUGGCCACCUUGGCGUAUACUUUGGUUUCCGCAGCCCUCACUCUGAUGGUACCCUGGCACAGCUUGAACCCGGACUCAGCCCUCUCAGAUGCCUUCUACAGGAGAGGCUACGCCUGGGCUGGAUUCAUCGUGGCCAUUGGGUCUAUUUGUGCAAUGAACACUGUUCUCCUCUGCAACCUGUUUUCUGUCCCCCGGAUUGCAUAUGCCAUGUCUGAAGAUGGUCUACUUUUCAAGGUAUUUGCACGAGUGAACCCAGUCACGAAGGUCCCAGUGAUUGGCAUUGUCCUGUUUGGAAUCCUGAUGGCCAUCCUGGCCAUGGUAUUUGAUCUGGAAUCCCUGGUGCAGUUCCUGUCUAUUGGAACGCUCCUGGCCUAUACAUUCGUUGCUGCCAGUACCAUUGUGCUACGCUACCAGACAGACAAAACAAAGCGCUCAGAGACAAUGCCACCCAAUCCAAGCCCGCAAAUCCAGGAUGGGGAUGGGCUGAAGGAAUACGAGUCAUUUUCGGAUAAGCUCCAGUUGGUGGAGAGGCAAAAAGCAGCCAAGGAACGAAGGGAGCCUGGCCAAUUGAAGUCCGCCUUUGAGCCUUAUUUACAUUUCCUUAGUGACUUUGUUCCUGGGGAGGUAGUAACUGUUGCAGUUGUCUCCUUGGUGCUCUGUUCAAUAUGCCUGUGUUGCAUAUUGGUUUUUGGUAACAGUCAUCUUCAUCUUCCUCAAUGGGCUUACAUUAUAUUCAUCGUGUUCUUUGCAAUUGGGUUUCUCCUCAGCUUAUUCCUCAUCUGGAUUCAUGAACAGCAUCAAAAACUGAAUACCUUUCAGGUUCCUUUGGUGCCCUUGAUACCCGGAUUCAGUAUCUUACUCAAUGUAUACCUGAUGUUAAAGCUCAGUUUAUUGACCUGGGUGAGAUUCUCCAUUUGGAUAGUUAUAGGUUUUCUCAUCUAUUUUGGUUAUGGGAUCUGGCACAGCAAGGAGAAUCUGAAGGAGCCGAAGCCUCGGAAUGUCGUUGCUCGGUAUGUUGUCCUUCCUAGUGGCAGCUUGGUGGAAACAGUCCAAACCGUGCAGCCAGACACACUGGACAUGGGCAUGGCAGACGUGACCGAAGCGGGAGUAAGUAGAUAGUCACGGACUUGGCCAAUUGCGCUUUGCUGGAGGACCUCUCCCACUCUCCUAAGCUUCAAUGUUAUUCCAGGCAAAGCUGGACAGAGCUGCGCCACAGUAUUUUCACCAGGUUGAUGGAGAUCAAGUGUGGCACCUUUCUUGUUUCACCCAUGAGCUUUCACAACCUCUACUGAGCUGAGCUUUCUUUACCCAUUCUGAAGUAGGUGGGAUAAAAUAUGUCCAUUUACAUACCAGAGUGAGGAAUAUCAUUAGACAUGCCUACAGAAGGGGGUCAUUGUAGAGCCUAAAUCCUCUAUAAAUCACUGAUUUUUUUUGCCUCAUUUCAUUCAAUUGAGCAAACAUCACUCUUUUUUCUGCAUCUUGUUAUCUGGUUGAGAAGGGGAAAGAGUGAAAAAAAUUUUUAAAAAUUUCUAACAAUGUCCCUGGCCCCAUAGCUGUAUAUUAAAGGGUGACAUACUCCCUGUAAGAAAUAUUCAGAAAAGGUUCCGUGUUCUGGGGAUUGUAUAUUGUACAAAAAAUAUCGAAUACCUGUCACAUGAGCCUGUGCAGGUUCAGAGAUUUCAAAUCCUUUACUAAUGAUGUGGCCCAGGAAACAUUGCUGUCUUGAUUGAUCUUCACUAUGGUCCAGUUGGCAAACUCAACUCCAUUAAUGCCCCAUUCACAGUUAGAAUGUUGAUAUUAUGUAGAAUUAUAUUUGUUGCCCUGUUUCCCCAUUAUAGUUUUCCACCCUGCUCAUCCCACGUUGAGGUAAUUUACUGGCCAUUGCGCUUCUAGGCUGAUCUGCUUCCUCACCUCUCCCCAUGCCCACUCCUUCUCUACCUUUUUCACUUUCUCCUCUCCUCUUUUUUUUGGCACUCCUGGUCUUCCUGGUCCUCCUCUUCCUUGUCCACUCCUCAGUCCUCUCUCUUUCAUUUGCCUUCUUGUGAUUCCUCUCUCCCUUUGCACUUCCCCAAAUCUCCGCCACCACUGCCUCUCUAUGACUCUUCAUUGACCCUCUUCUUUUUCCCCCCUCCCACCCUCCCCUCUUCCUUCACACCUUUCAGGUCCUUGCAGCCAUCAGAACAUCUACCCCUGCUUUACAUUAGUUCCCAUUCAUUGUCGCAGGAUUCAGUCAGCUACCUUUCACAAUUUCACUCCUCUCUAACACACUUAAGCCAUGGUAUUCUAACAUUUAAUAAUGUGCAAUAGUUCAAAAAUAGAUCGAACCACACAUUACCAAUAGCCUCUUAAUUCUUCUCUAUUUGAGUUCACCCAAUGUUUACUUAACAGUAUUGGCCUUUGAAAUUUUAAAGGAACACAAAACUACAUAGUAACAGUACAGCUAUAUUAUAUUUUGCAUUGUGUGGUGUUCCUCUCCUUAUAAAGCAGCAUGUCCUCUGACUUACCAAGAGUAGAGUUCUACAUCUGUUUGCCUUUCCAAAGCUUGUUUGCAAUGUGUGUUGGAUUUUUAAAUGUGUCCGUAACUCAGAAGAAAAUCCUCAUCGGCUUUUGUGACUGGCUCCAGUUUCUCAGGUAGCAAUGAGAAAGAAAUUCUUAUACUGAUGUCAAUUUGGAGCCAACCGAAACAACGCUUCACCAGUAACCAAUUACUUCGAUGGUUCUAUCACACGUCCUAACAACCACAUUAUGUGCAAUAACAUGGGCUCUCCACGAGUAAUAGAUUCAUAUUUGCUUCUCUGGAGGUGGCAAAAGAGAUGGUAAAAAAGGGGAAAAAACUGGACAAGUUGACCACAAAGAGAUACUUUCGCCACCUCAGCAAUUAACCUUCAAUUAACACUUUUAAGCGACUAAUUAAUGGUAAUUUAUGGCUUCAGUUUGCCACCUACCUGGUUGCCAGCCUUCCUGGCAGAUGAGAAAGGAGGUUAAAAUUGUGAUCAGAGAUAAUGGGAACUGCAGAUGCUGGAGAAUCCAAGAUAACAAAGUGUGGAGCUGGAUGAACACAGAAGGCCAAGCAGCAUCUCAGGAGCACAAAAGCUGACGUUUCGGGCCUUGACCCUUCAUCAGAGAGGGGGUUAGUUUCUGUGACCGGCAAACCUGGCCAACUUGCCUGGCACAUCGUAGGUGGAUGGCCACCCUUUGCCUCAAUCUGGGGGCAGUCAGAGGCAUGUCUGAGCUGCAAGCGAAUAUCCUGUGACCCCAUUGAAACUGCUCUGAUCAUCACUCCGCCCUGUGAGGAGACGUUAAAAUAAAAACAUUCACUUACCUUUCAGCUACUGGAGCCCCUGAGGGAUAAGCUUCCAUGUGCAGCCUUUCGGACCACAAAUCUAUUGGCCCCUGGUUGGCCGGUAGUUUCUGAAAUCCUAUGAUGUCAGUGUUGAGGCCUGUGAUAGGCCAAUGCUAUCCUAUCAGCUCUUCCUGAACUGAUUGGGGUGUGGUUGGCUGAAGGGGAUGGUGCGUUAGCCACCAUGUAAUACCGUCCGUACACCCCACCCCUAACACUCUGCCUAAAAAUUGGAAAAUUGCGCCAAUGACAUGAAUUAUAAAGUGGCAAUAAAAAAAAUCUCAAGGCAGCUUCAGAUAGCAAAGGAUGUUUUGAACUCAUUCAUCAAGAACCUGGCAGGGGUGGUUUGGGAGAGAGCAUCCACCUGGACCUUGGCAUAAAACUGGGACGAUAGAUUGAUUGCCCAGUAUUAAAGAAAAACAAAUACCACUGGUAUCCUGGACUCGGUGGUCUCUUUGUUAAUUUUGAAAGCUUACAUCAUCUGUAACUGGUUAGUGAGUUCACAGUGUGGUCUCUAAGCCUGCCAUCUAACAAAGUUCAGUCAUAGUUCCGGCCGCAGCUUACUGAUUGACCCAUCCCAGCAUCCGAACACUGCUCAAUAGUAUUUCACUUCCAGAAAUGGAGGAAUCAGGGGAUGGGCAUUACACUGCACAACUCUUCCCUUUAGGCAAUUGGGUUGUUCAUUCUGAUCUCUAGGAUGAGGUAAUCAGGUUGGUGAAAGCGACAAGGUGUAAAUAGGUCACUUUUUUGAGAGGGGCAUGAUCCCAAUAGUACCUGGAGCCAAAUAAUAUGAUGCAAAAGUUCAUUUGUGAUUUUAUUUCUCCAGCUAAAAUUUUCUGAAGUUGGACUUGUACAUUCCAAACCCUUCUGGCUCAAAAGAGGAACUCCUUUCUUUGCCACAUCUGAUCCAGUUAUGCACACAGGUGUAUCUUCAAUGUCAUGCAGUCCUUUGACAAAGAAUGAUACAGCACAGAAGGAGGGUAUUUGGUCUAUCUUCUGGAAAGAGCUUUACAAUCAUCCUCACUGCCCUGAUCUUUCCUUUCAAUUUUCGUUCCUUUUCAACUGUUUAUCAAUUUUACUUCAAAAGUCACAAUCCAUUCUGUUUCGAGCAUCAUGUGGUGAGUUUGACCUCAUAAGAACUAACUGUGUAAGUAAACAGGUUCUCAUCUUCUUUCCACCUUCCUGAUCUUUUUUUAAAUAAACAGUUACCUUGAAGCUAAAGUUUGGAAAAGCGAGGGUAGAAUCUUAGAGAACUCUAUUCAAUUCUGACUGGACUCGACAGGAUAAAUGCAAGAAGAAUAUUCUGGUUGAUCAGGGAAUCCGGAGCCAGGGGUCAGAGUUUAAAAACACAGAGUAAAGGUCCCUUAUUGUCAAUAAGAAGUUAGAUACAGUUCUUAAGGCUAAAGGGAUCAAAAGGUAUGGGGAGAAAGUAGCAGCAGUGUAUUGAAUUGGGUGAUAAUAGUAAGGUCCUGGCAAGUGUUGUCAAAUGAAGAGACCUUGCAGUACAGGUUCACAGUUACAUGAAGGUAGAGUCACAGGUAGACAAGGAUGUGAAGAAAGCAUUUGGUACCCUUGCUGUUAUUGGUCAGUGCAUUGAGUAUAGCAGUUGGGAGGUCAUGUUGCAGCUGUACAGGACAUUGGUUAGGCCACUUCUGGAAUACUGCAUUCAGUUCUGGUCUCCCUGCUAUAGUAUGGAUGUGGUGAAACCUGAGACGGUGCAGAAAAGAUAUCCAAGGGUGUUGCUGGGGUUGGAGGGUUUGAGCUACAGGGAGAGGCUGAAUAGGCUGGGGCUAAUUUCUGUGGACCAUCUGAGGCUGAGAGGUGAUCUUAUUGAGGUUAGUAAAAUCUUGAGGGGCAUGGAUAGGAUGAAUAGCCAAGUUCUUUUCCCCACGGUACGGGAGUCUACAACUCGAGACCAUAGGUCUGAAGUGAGAGAGGAAAGAUGUAAAAGGGACCUGGGGGUAACUUUUUCACACAGAGGGCGGCGUGUGCCUGGAACAAACUGCCAGAUGAAGUGAUGGAGGCUGGUACAGUUACAACAUUUAAAAGGCAUCUAGAUGGGUAUCUGAAUAGGUAGGGUUUAGAGGGAUAUGGGCCAAAUGCUGGUCGACUUGGACAAGUUGACCCGAUUGAUCUAUUUCCAUGCUGUACAGUUCUGUGACUCUAUGAUCACCCGUAUUUGUAUUGAAUGGUGGAGCAGGUUUGAAGGGCUGAAUGGCCUACUCUGCUCCUAUUUUCUGUGUUUUCACUUUUAUCCCCUGGCUACUGAGCCUCCAGCCAAUGGAAAUCAGCUCUCUUUGUCUGAUCUAAUUAGAACCCUCAUAUUCUGUCCUGUUGGACAACUUGGACAUUGAAAUGAUCGUUACUCCCAAAGGAUGCAGCUUUAAAAGACAGGCUCCCCUUUAAGUGGAAGCAACAAAUCAACUGCCCAUACCCAGCUGAAACCAUGUUGGCCACACGAGAAACAGUAAAUCUCUCAAUGUUGCCGCAGCCCUGCAUGUAAGUAUGUUAGAACCAAUGAACCUCAGCUGGCCUAUGGCCUCAACACUUGUGUGAAAAUAUCAAGGCUUGCACGUACAACUUCCACAUUUAUUGCUGAUAAAAGGCAACUGAAUCAGUUUCCAUUGCUAACAGCACUUGACCUUCCCUGUGUGACCAUCUCCUGUUAGCCACACACUUUUUCUGGCUUGCUGCUGGGAAAGUCAGGAGGUACUCAGUAGAGUUGGAAAGUCUGGAUGCAAUGAAUCACAAAAAGUUAGUUUGCAGGUGUGCAGCAGGUAAAUAAGAAUCCAAAUGGAAUAUUUUUCUUCAUUAUUGGAGGAAUGGAGUUUAAAAACAGAAGGGUUAUGCCGCAGCUGUACUGGGUGCUGGUGAGGCCACACCUGGAGUACUGUGUACAGCUUUGGUCUCCUUACUUGAGAAAGAAUGUACUGGCAGUGGAUGGGGUGUAGAGGAGGUGCACUCUGGAGUUGAAAGGAUUGGCUUAUGAGGAGACAUUGAGUAGACUGGCACUGUACUCAUUGGAAUUUAGAAGAAAGGGGCAGGGGGGAUCUUACAGAAACACAUAAAAUUAUGAAGGGAAUAGAUAAUGUAGAAGCAGGCAGGUUGUUUCUACUGGCUGGUGAAAUUGGAACUAGGACGCAUAGCCUCAAAACAAGGGGAAGCAGAUUUAGGUCUGAGUUGAGGUUGAAUUCCUUCACCCAAAGGGUUGCAAAUCAGUGGGAUUCCCUGCCCAGUGAAGCAGUGGAGGCUAUCUCAUAAAUGGUUCUAAGACAAAUAUAGACAGGUUUUUGGAGCAUUAAAGGAAUUAAGGUGGGUUAGUGGAGCUGAGUCCACAAAAGUUCAGCCAUGAUCUCACUGAAUGGCACAGCAGGCUCAACAGGCAGAUGGCCGACUCCUGCUCCUUUUUUUAUGUUCUUGUGCAACCUUCUGUGACCAAAACUAUGUACUGUAACAGAUGGAUAUACCGCCUGACAUGCAAUUCGGUGCAAUAAAUCUCCUUUUUAACUGAAUGAACUCUUAAACGCAUGCAGAUUAAAUUGCAGCAAUACCCAAAGUAUUAGCUGCAUCCCAUGACAGAUCCCAGUGUCCCUCUAAACCACUGUUCAAACCAGGAAAGGGAUGAGCUUUCCACAGAGCCCCCUCACAUUAACCCCUUAUCAUCCUUGUGUUCUUUGCACAUCUGUCAUUUAAUGAUGCAGAACUUGACUAUUGCCAAGGAAAGUCAGAAGUUAUUUUUUUGAUCUUGCAACUAAGCCAUGACUCUAAUAGGAAAAUUUGCAAGAAAGACCAAUGUAAAGGGAAUGUAAUGAAACAAAUUUUUAUACUAUGUGAGGAUGAGAGGGGAAUAAAGAUUGCUUUCCCUUUGCUUUGGUAUUCCUCAAAAUUGUGCUGAUGAUAGCAGGAUAAAAAUACGUCAAAAAUAUUCUGAAGAAGGGUCCUGACCUGAAAUGUCAGCUUUCCUGUUCCUCUGAUGCUGCCUGACCUGCUGCGUUCCUCCAGCUCCCCACUGUAUUGACUCUGAGUCCAGCAUCCACUGUUCUUGCUAUCUCUGUCAAAAAUAUUGCUUCCUUCACAUAGCCUUCAAAUACUUCUUGGAAGUAAUGCAUUUUCCCUCAAAUGUUUUCAUUUGUUGCUUUGCAAACACUCACUCAUCCACAGCUAAACCCUGAGUAAGCUGUUUUCCCACUUAUUAAUCGUGCCAAUGAAACCACCGCGCUUUAAAAGGUAAACCAGAUGUGCUUACAGUUCACCCUCAAAGAUAGCCAGGUGAUGUCAUGUUAUCUAUGCUCCUGAGGUGGCCAUGUCAGUUCAUUGCUGCUACCUGGGACGCUCAGUAUUUUUGUGGUCUGUGUAGAAUCCUGACAGUGAAGAAAGAGUUUACACCAACCUUCUGAAC